GGGGGCAUCAGCCUGGGGUGAGUCUGGGGGGAGCGGCUGGUGUGUGACAGGAGGCAGUGGUCCUGGCAGCAUCAGGAGUAGCCACGUGGGUAAAGUGGGCAUCAGCGUGGGGUGAGUCUGUGGGGAGCGGCUGGUGUGUGGACAGGAGGCAGUGGUCCUGGCAGCAUCAGGAGUAGCCACGUGGGUAAAGGGGGCAUCAGCGUGGGGUGAGUCUGGGGGGAGCGGCUGGUGUGUGACAGGAGGCAGUGGUCCUGGCAGCAUCAGGAGUAGCCACGCGGGUAAAGUGGGCAUCAGCUUGGGGCGAGUCUGUGGGGAGCGGCUGGUGUGUGGACAGGAGGGAGUGGCGGGAUGAGCAUCAUAGUUCGGAAGAGCUGUUCCCAAGCAUCCAGGGAACACUGCACUGGCGACAGGCAUGUUGAGUUGGCUGUUUCACAGAAAGAACAUCUUUUCUGGCAGGCCAGUGGCCAAGGCCAGCACAGGGAUUUGACUGCUGGCCUGUUGACUGCUCUUUGGCCAAACCAGCAAAUGCAUCCACGAAAAAGUCCACAGAGGAGCAGAUCCAAAAGGCAGCUCUGGGAGCCCCACAUGGCUUUUACUUGUAGGUUUGACAAGACAAGGGUGAAUCUUAAUUUAGCAGAUUCUAGAAACUGGAAUUGUCAGGGUUGGGGAGGCCUGGUAAGGGCAGCUCAUGGGAACCCAAACUCACAAGGACUGAUGUAGAAGUCAGAAGGGCAAUUACACAUUUACAGUUAGAAAAGCAGCAUAGGUCUCUCCAGAAAUUAGCACAAACCUUCAGCCAUUUACAGGCUGUGAAACUGGGACAGGGGCCCAGUCCACCUGAACUCCAUCUGCAACAGAGAAGCCAACUAGCUGACUUCUGGAUGACAGUAUUACUAUUCUGUUAACAUCCUUUUAUUUUUUUCUUGUGGUAAGUUCUAACCUCAUUCGUUUUGCUUAUAGCUUUUUAAAAUUGAGAAUGUUUUAUUCUUUCAUCUUCAAGGUUUCUCUAGUUUUCUCUUCCAGGAUUUAGGGAUUAUUCACUUGUCUCCUCUCUACCAUUUCUUGUGCCCUUUGGUUCUCUUCCAUAAAUGUUUACCCACAGUGUACCUGCAGCAUGCCAGACCCAGAGACACACGACUGAGAUACAGUCCUAGCUCUUGAGAGUCAGUGACAGACAGCAGAAGUCCACAGAACAUUCCCACCCAAUGGCAGGGAUGGAGGGAAUCUGGAAAGACUUCUUGAAGGCGGCGGUACCUGAGCUGGGAAUCCAGAAAGACUUCUCCAGGGAGGCGAUGCCUGUGUUGAGGGUUAAAGGGCAAGUCGGAAAGGGAAUUCUAGGCCAAAGACCAGCAUAAGCCUGGAACAGAGGUGGCCUGAUUGGGGAUGGGGUGGGGCUGGGGUAAUUUAGAUUUGUCUUUGCUGAAGGAUCCAGAACUGGGAGUGAGGCCAAUUAGACCAGCAUGGGCCAAGCCCAGGGGCCAUCAGAGGCUACACUAGGCAGCUCGGGCUGUGGAAGGGAUUCGGCAUUCAAGUGCAGUUUAAUGUUAUUCUACUUGGUGUUUUGAGCAAUGAAUUUGGCCCUUCCAAUAAGGCUGGCAAAGAAAGUGGGAGGGAACGGUUUGAGAAAUACCUGAGAGGUAGUAUUAACAAAAUUUGUUGACUAUUUCUUUCUGAGGAUAGGCAGGAGCCUGGCCAGGCAGAUGAAUGUUGGUGUCACCAGCAGUCCAGCGAGAAACCCUAACCACUGUGUGUGGAGCCUUUAAAAGAGAGGGAAUAGCCGGGCCCAGUGGCUCAUACCUGUUAUCUUAGCACUUUGGGAGGCCGAAGUGGGUAGAUUGCUUGAGCUCAGGAAUUUAAGACCAGCCUGAGCAAGAGUGAGACCCUGUCUCUACUAAAAAUAGAAAAACUAGCUGAGCAUCAUGGCAGGCGCCUAUAGUCCCAGCUACACUGGAGGCUGAGGCAAGAGGAUCACUUGAGCCCAAGAGUUUGAGGUUGCUCUGAACUAUGACACCACUGUACUCUACCCAGGGUGACAGAGUGAAACUCUGUUUAUUGAAACAAAGGAAGGAAUUGGUCACACCCUGCCUGAUGGAAGAAAUUCCCUGAAAAACCAGCCAGGGUACCCUAGGCAGCCUAGAGACCACCAGCAGAAAGCUGCCACCAUCCCUAGAGUGCAAGGACAGAGGGUAGAGGCUGCACUACAAGAGCCCAGGGAGGGGCUCCAAGGGAGGCUCAAGCCACUGCCAGAUUCCAAAGCCCUCCAGUCUGCAGUGCCCCAGAGUGGCCUGUCCCACGAGGAAACCAGUUCACAGGGAGCUUGGGGAAUGCAGCCAGCUGGAGUCAGCCCUCUGGUAACACAGAAAGAGCUGGAAAAGAGCAAGGACUUGGUCUGAGCUAGGGCACCAGCUCAAGUGGGCAAUAGGGCAGAAAAGGCCAGGCUACCUCAGGGAGGCAUCCAUUUCUGGACAUGGAGAGUUUGAGGUGCUUGUGGGACAUUCGGGGAGAGUUCAGCAGUUCCUAGGCUUAGAGGGGUUGCUGGACCCUGAUUCCAAGAUGGGAAGUGGGGAGGAAAGGUCCCCUGUCCAUAUUUGGAGUUUACCAGCCUACAGGUUAUAGGUACCAUAGUUAUAGCAAUGGGUGUGCCCACAGGUUAGCUGUUUACUUAAAAGAAAUAUUCAAACUGGGCGGUGCCUGUGGCUCAAGGAGUAGGGGGCUGGCCCCAUAUACAGGGGUGGCAGGUUAAGCCCGGCCCCAGACAAAACUGCAAAAAAAAAAAAAGAAAAGAAAUAUUCAGAUUAUCAGUUCCCUCAUUUAUUCUCCCAGAAGCAGUAGUAAGAGUCCUACUUGUUCCUAAUUCUCGCCAUUUAAUUUUUUAAAUUUUAACUAUUUUAGGAGGUGUUAAAUGUAUUUCAUUGUGCUUUAAUUCUCUGGUGACCUUUGAGGUAGCACACCUCAGAAAGACUUUCAUGCUGGCCCAGUGAAGUAUGUAGAGGAAAUUCUACUCAAAGGUUUCCAUGAGGAAGGGUGUGCCUGUGUAGGCCUUCCAGGCAAUUCCCUGGUCACCUCUGUGGGCUUGAGCUCUAGCCCUGGGUUCAAAGCUUCAUUUUACCUCUAGGUGGCUAGGAUCUUGCCCCUCUGUGUUCUUGGCUGUAAAAUGCAAUAGUAUCUUUUUGGAGAGUAGCUGAAGAUUAGAUAACGCUGGUAAAGCGACCAGCUUGGUAUGUGGCCUUUAAUAUGAGCCCAGCAAAGGUAGCAAAUGUCUGAGCUCAUGAGUUUCAGACCAGCUUGAGCAAGACUGAGACUCCCUCUCUAAAAACCAGCCAGGUGUUGUGGCUAGCACCUGUAGUCCCAGCUACUCAGGAGGCAAGGGGAUCACUUGAGCCCAAGAUUUUGAGGUUGCUGUGAGCUGACACCACAGCACUCUACUGAGGACAACAAAGUGACACUAUCUCGAAAUUAAAUAAAGAAAGAAAGGCACGCUACAGAUCCUCUUUUCUUCCCAGAGGAAGAAAUCGAAGCCUGGGCAAUUAAAAUAUGAAUCCAAAAUUAGGGAAUAGUUGGCAUAAAGCCCACGUCACCUCAUUCCCCUGCCAGUUUCCAGCUUCCCCACCACACAUCACAUCAAGCCUAAGCCUGAGUUGUCUUCGUUGAGAUCAGUGCGUUAAGAGAGGGAAGUCAGAUCUGGGGACAAAGGGUACAUUUCCAUCUCAGGCUGUUGAAGCAUUCUUCUAGAGAGGCUAUAGUCUCCAUCUCAGGCUUAAGAUGGUUUAGUUCUGGCUUGAUUUUUCAAUAUGCACCAAUACGGUAUGUAAGUAACAAGCACAGGGUGAAUUCUGUUCCAGUUACAUCUAUUCUCUCUCUGCCCUAAGGCCCGUGGAGAGGGCACAGGAUUCGAUUCAGGUAUCAGUGGUGUCAUCAUCCGUACUUAUCGGUGAAUGACACAGCAGAUAGGACCGUGCGUGCAAAGCUCUGUCUUGUGGACAAAGUAGUUACCCAAUGUGUGUGCGAGAUUCUGAAGUCAUACCCAGACAAACACGUUACCACCUGCCUCGGGUAACCGGGAGGAAGCCGACCAAGCUGCUUCCGGUUCAGGAGAUUUAUAAAACACGGCGAAAACGACAGGUGAAUGCAAAUAUUCCCCCACGAUCUUCCCGCACAGGUGCCCCGGGAUGCUGCUUUUGGAGGCAGCGGGCGACACGAGGACCGCGGAGGGGCGUCCGGAGACCGGGAGGGUCCAGCGCCAACACGGGGCCUGCACCCGGGCUCUCUCCGUGGCCUCCUAGGCGGAGGUGAGCAAGGCCAGAUCCCGCCAGCGGCCGCGUCACUGAGGCACCAGCACCCACUCUGCUGCUCUGGUGAUUUAAGAGGAGAGAGUCCAGGAGCAGGGACCCUUGGAUUCAAGGGCUCAGCAUACCACCUGCCCAGACAGGCUCUGUCACUCCCUCAUGCACCUGAUUCCAUGCUGCAGGAGGAACCAGCAGGCCCAAGUUCACAUAUCUGAGUGAUGCACCAUGCCGAUAGUGGAUAAGCUGAAGGAGGCCUUGAAGCCUGGCCGCAAGGACUCAGCCGAGGAUGGGGACCUGGGGAAGCUUCUGGCCUCCUCUGCCAAGAAGGUUCUUCUACAGAAGAUUGAGUUCGAGCCAGCCAGCAAGAGUUUCUCCUACCAAUUGGAGUCCUUAAAGAGCAAAUAUGUGUUGUUGAACCCUAAAGCAGAGGGUGCCAGUCGCCCCAAGAAUGGCGAUGAACUGCAAGUCAGAAUACAGGGCAGCGAGUAUAUAUAUGAUGGCUCUGGUGAUGGAGUCCCAGCCCCACAGAAGGUGCUUUUUCCCAUGGAACGAUUGUCUUUGAGGUGGGAGCGUGUCUUCCGUGUUGGCGCAGGACUCCACAACCUUGGCAACACCUGCUUCCUAAACUCCACCAUCCAGUGCUUGACAUACACACCACCCCUGGCCAACUACCUGCUCUCCAGAGAGCACGCUCGCAGCUGUCACCAGGGGAGCUUCUGCAUGCUGUGUGUCAUGCAGAACCACAUUGUCCAGGCUUUUGCCAACAGUGGCAAUGCUAUCAAGCCUGUCUCCUUCAUCCGGGACCUGAAAAAGAUUGCCCGGCAUUUCCGCUUUGGGAACCAAGAGGAUGCACACGAGUUUCUUCGGUACACCAUCGACGCGAUGCAGAAGGCCUGCUUGAAUGGUUAUGCUAAGUUGGAUCGUCAGACACAGGCUACUACCCUGGUCCAUCAAAUUUUUGGAGGCUAUCUCAGAUCCCGUGUGAAGUGCUCUGUGUGCAAGAGCGUCUCGGACACCUACGACCCCUACUUGGACAUCGCGCUGGAGAUCCGGCAAGCUGCAAAUAUUGUGCGUGCUCUGGAACUUUUUGUGAAACCAGAUGUCCUGAGUGGAGAGAAUGCCUAUAUGUGUGCUAAAUGCAAGAAGAAGGUUCCGGCCAGCAAGCGUUUCACCAUUCAUAGAACAUCCAAUGUCUUAACCCUUUCCCUGAAGCGUUUUGCCAACUUCAGUGGGGGGAAGAUCACCAAGGAUGUGGGCUACCCAGAGUUCCUGAACAUACGCCCGUACAUGUCCCAGAGCAGUGGUGAGCCGGUCAUGUACGGGCUCUACGCUGUGCUGGUGCACUCAGGCUACAGCUGCCACGCCGGGCAUUACUACUGCUACGUGAAGGCGAGCAACGGGCAGUGGUACCAGAUGGACGACUCCCUGGUCCACCCCAGCAGUGGCAAGGCGGUGCUGAGCCAGCAGGCCUACGUGCUCUUCUACCUGCGAAUUCCAAGGUCUAAGAAAAGUCCCGAGGGCCCUGUUUCCAGAACAGUCCACUCCCUUCCUAGUCGUCCGGGUGUAGUUCCAGAUCACACCAAGAAGAAUGUUGGCAAUGGGAUUGUUUCCUCCCCACUGACUGGAAAGCGACAAGACUCUGUGAUGAUGAAGAAGCCACACGCCACUGAAGAGACUGGUGUGCCCAUUUCUAGGAAUGGCUCUGUGCCGAUCCUGAAGUCACAGAAUGGAUGCGUUCUCCCCAAGCUGCCUGUGGGGACCCCUUCCCCCAAACUGUCCCAAACACCCACGCGUGCGCCGACCAUCCUGGAUGAGCCUGGAAAGAAGGUGAAGAAGUCGGUGCCCCUACAGCACUCUACCCCAUCCUUCAAAACUUCUCAGGGGCCGUCUGGUACCAGCGUCUUGAGUAGCAGCAAAUCUGGGAGCCGAAAGCAGGGCUCCUGGGGCAGGGAUGCCCACUCUACCUCACCUAAGUUCCUGGCCAAAGCCACUGCCAAUGGGCAUGGGCCGAAGGGGAGCGAUGAGAGCUCUGACCCUGAGAGGGGGGAUUCCAGCAGCUCCAGCCCGGAACAUAAUGCCAGCAGCGACUCUGCCAAGGGCUCCCAGACCCCGAGGAGCGGAGCUGCCCAUUUCUGUGAUCCUCAGGAAACAAACUGUUCUGCCAUUGGUCACUCCAAAGCCCCGCCAAAUGGAGCAGAUGCUAAGAUGGUGAAGCUGAAGUCCCCUGUCCUGGGCAGCUCUGCGCCCGAGCCUGCAAGCAUCAUGUCUCCUCCACCAGCCAAGAAACUGGCUCUUUCUGCCAAGAAGGCCAGCACCCUGCGGAGGGCGACCAGCAGUGACCUCUGUCCACCUCCCCCCUCACCAUCCUCCGACCUCACCCACCCCAUGAAAACCUCUCACCCUGCCGUUGCCUCCACGUGGCCUGUCCAUAAAAUCAGGGCUGUGUCACCUGCUCCCCGAUCACCCAACCAUCCGCAGCCUCCCUUCAGCCCCAACUCCAUGUUGCUGUCCAGUCGCCCCCAGCCCCGAGGGAUGUUGGAGCCACGGAGCCGCCCCUCCGCCUUGGUAGCCCUGCCUCAGGUCAACAGGGACUUGGUUUCUCUUCCAUACCAGCUGCCAGAGGCCAAUGAGUCCCCCCAGAUCCCCUCUGAGAAGAGGAAAAAGGACCAUACGGGAGAGCUCCAGGGGCUAGGCUUAGAGAUGUGCCUCCCACAGCACCUCGAGGGGGCUGCUGCUGCUCCCGCUUCCCACAGGAAAAGGAAAAGGAAGAAGAGGAGGCGCCCGGAGGAUGCGGCCACAGCCAUCUCACAGGAUGAGCAGAUAAGGGGAAGUGCUUCAAGACUGGAGUACGGGGAGACGGGCCAGGCAGAGUUGCCUGCUGACAGACAGGAGUGCAGGGGAAUACAGCCACAGGUGAAUGGUCAGCAGAUGGGGCACAUCACGGACAGCCACCAUGUGAACAACAGGAAGAGGAGGAGGAAGGGAGUAGAGGGACUUGGUGAAGAGGACGUCCCCCAGGACCCACCCUGGCACAGGAGCUGCUCUCCCAUGGACAAGGGCGAGCCUGAGACCAUGGCAGAAUCUUCAAGGAAAAAGAAAAAGAAAAGAAGAAAGCAAGAGUCACGACAAGAAGCAGAAGAAAAUGAGCCUUCAGAAGGCCAGAGGAGCGCUGGGCCCAGUGAUGCUGCAGUCUCAGAGCCAAACAGUCCCUUGCUGUCUGUGAACGGCCAGCAUCCCAGGGACCACGUGGGGCUGGAACAGGCUUCUCUUAUAUCCUGGAAUAGAGAGCAGGAAUCCAAUGUGGUCCAGGAAUUGCUCAGAUAUUCAUCUGAUAAAGCUUACGGGAGAAAAGUUUUGACCUGGGAUGGUGAGAUGUCAGCGGUGAGUCGGGAUGCCAUGGAAGACAGCAGACUGGCCCAGACCGAGACUGUGGUUGAUGCCUGGGAUGAGGAGUUUGACCGGGGGAAGGAAAAGAAAAUUAAAAAAUUCAAGAGAGAGAAGAGAAACUUCAAUGCCUUCCAGAAACUUCAGAGUAGACGGAACUUUUGGGCUGUGACUCAUCCAGCCAAGGCUGUCAGCCUCAGCUAUCGCCGCUGAAUAUGCUGCUGUGGAAAUAGCAUCCUGGAGACAAGGCAUCACUUCCUGGAUCUGGGAGGGAGCUGUCUGUGGGGACUCCACUGUCCAAUCAUCUCCAGGCCACUGCACUGUGAAGCUGCCUCGGUGGGGGGCUCUCCUGGUACCACUGUCUGCAGACGACCUGAUGCGGCUUUGGGGCUUCUGUAGGUCGACAUCUUUGGUGAUUCAUGGCAAACCCUGCAAGAGAAAUCACAGCACAUGUGUUGAGCAAAGACAACAGCACACCUGCUGGACAUCUGGAACAGGCCAAGCCUCCUUGUGCUCAUGGACAGCGGAGUCUGUGCCAGCAGUAGUGUUUGCCCCUGGUCUGGGGCUGUCAGAGAGGGCAGGGGUUAGUGUUUAAACACCUCCCAGGUGUCCUCUGGCUCUCAGGGUGACAGUGUGCGGUGGGCUGCUCUUCUUGCUGAGCCAUCCCUUUCUUCCGGUGGCUGGUGCUGCCCUCUGUUGGAGCCUGGCCCUUCCCGUUUCCUCAGUGGGACCUCUAUGCCUGUGCGCCUUAUGUGUCCUUAGAAAGGAAGAGCCUUGAGGCCACCCCUGCAUGGCCACCUGUCCCUUCCCUGGAACUGGGGGUUGAGGGUGGCCCUACAUCCUUCCUUGCAAGCAGCUCCAGACUGGAGAGCAGAGUCUGCUUGGGGUGGGGCCCUUGACAUGUUUGCUAAUCCAGCUGCUUCUGAUGCUGCUCUUUAUUCUGAGGCGACUUUGCUGUAGUGUCCCUGCAGGUGCACUAACCCCCAGGUUUUACCGAGAUAUGUUCUUGGGAUAGAAUUCUCUGUUUAUUUUACUACUUAAUAAUAUAAAACAUUUAUUUUUGACCAGACCUGCAGCUUCUAUUAGCAAUAUGUUUCCUUUGCCUAAUAUGCAAAUGCUGGCUUUGUUUGCUCAAUUUUGUGAGUGCUAUUGAAUUUACAUGAUUGUGUAAGUGAAGAAGAUGACUUUUCUUACAUUGUUUGAGCUGUGCCUGCAAACUUGUUAUUUAAUAAAUAUGGGAGGUUCUCAGUGAAAGUAAUAUUUUUAAGAAAAAAAAUGAAUGGCCUAGUAGUAGUAGAAGGUACAGAAGCCAGUCUGAACUUGAUCCUUUGGUGAUCAUCCUCGUCUUUCCCCCCUUGACCUGCCAUAGGUGGAGGGGGACUUGAUGUAGGACGUAAAGCACCUUGGAGUGGCUCUGCUUGGCCAGCCACUUCUGACGCCUUCCUUGUAGUGCCCCCUUGGGUUAGCGUUGCUUUUGUUCAGCCCCGAGCUCGGGGCCUUGGUUCAUGCAGGUAUAUAGAAAAAAAGAGCUACUUUUUUAUACAAGGAGAUACAUUUUACUUUUUUCAUCUGGAUGGUUCUUUUGGUUUUUCUUUUUGUUAUAUUUCUCCUUUUACAAAAGUUGGGAGAGAAUGGUGAUGCCUGUAGCCUGAAGAGAGCAGCUGCCUCCGGGCCCCGUAGCAGGUGCAUGGAGGACUGACCUCUGAGUGUUCAGUGGUAAAGGGCCGCUCCAGUGUUCUGUGGCGUGUGUUCUGCCGUCUUGGGAGGGGACACAGGCACCUUUGGAGCAGACGUUUUUCCUUUUCCCUUUCAGGCCCUUGAGGUGUUGACAUUCACUCCUGUAUGAACUGUCUGCCCUGCUGUAUUUUCUGUGAUGUUUUAUAGUUGUCUCCUUUCUUUCUCUCCCUCCUCUCCUCCAAAUCAGUCUCUUCCUUUUUCCACUAGAUAAUCAUAAAACCUUUUCCUGAGGAAAAUAUAUCUGUUAUCUCUUGGGCAGUGGUGAGUGCUGGCCCCACUUUUUACAGCAUUUAUCACUGUUACUAUCGCGUCCUUUCCUUGCACAAAAAACCAUGCCAAACACAGAAGGGAAAGGAUAAGGCCCAGAAAAUUAGUCCAAGUUCUAGGUGACGUGUACAUAUAUAAAUAAAUAAAAAUAACUAAAGCAUUUAUAAUAGCAGUCACUGUAGAAUCUGGGUUUGAUUUGACCUUGUGCUUAGGGAGGAUCUGGAGGGAGUGGGGUCCGUGUGUUUUGGCCACUUUCUGGGGCCCUGAGCCCUUUUACUCACCUGUCCUACACCCCGGACAGGGGGCCAUGCCUGUGUGUGUGUACGCAGGUCUACAGCCCCAGGCACUGCGCCGCCUCUCUGGGGGCCUGGUAGCCCCAUGUUGCCAGGGUCUUGGUGCAAUAAACCUUGUGCUUUUGUGGGUCCUUCCUGUGUCUGCCCUGGUUUUUCAUUUGAUUUUUUAAAAAGGUACAACCCAGGCAGCUCCCAGUCUUACCGCAGUUCAUCAG